CGUUGACAUUUUGGCUGUGCUUUGAGAUUUCCGUCACUGCGACAUGUGGUGUUUUGGUGGCGUAUCUGGCGAUGAUUUGCGUGGUGUUGUGGUGUCAUGUAUCGGACUUGAUUCCGGUUGGGCUUUUCUACAAACGGAGCAGGCAUGAUCAGCUCCGACAUGGGAUAGGGAUAAUGUUGACAUGCUAUCACUAGAGCAGGAUCGACAUAGGGGAUGUCAGGGACAGAGUCGUGGGCAGCUGGUAGAUAUGAUGCCAUGUCGUGUCCCAAAAUUCUUUGUCUCUAGUUACUAAUAUUCUUCUUAAUUCCUAGUGAUUUUUAUUUCAACGCAGUUCUCAUUUCUCCGCCUCCUAACACCGUUCCCCCACCUGUUACUCCCGCGGUCCCGCACGAUUAAGUUCGCAGAUCCGUUGCUAAGGUAGACCAAGUGGAAUACGAACAGUUCGCCUGAAAGAAUGGAAGACCGAAGUGGGCAGGUUAUAGCCGUGGCUGUCGUAUUUUUCAUCUUGACUUGGAUUACUGUUGGCCUUCGAUGCUACGUUAGAACCUUUUUGGUGAAAGGGUUUGGUUUAGAUGACAAGAUCAUGGUCCUCACUCUCUUGGUCUUCACAGCGUAUAUGUCAUGUCAACUUGGCGGCGCAGCCUAUGGUACCGGUCAACAUCGAUCAGCGAUUACGGAUGAAAACGCUGAAAUCGCCCUUCGCUACUGGUUCUUCUGCGAAAUCUUCUAUACCAUAUCAACUUCCAUCCUCAAGAUCUCGGUUGGUUUCUUCAUGCUACGCAUCACGACAAGUCCAAUUCACGUAUGGAUUAUUCGGACGAUCAUGAUUGUCUCUGGCAUAGUAGGGUCUGGAUAUACCUUUCUAGUCCUGUUCCAGUGCAAGCCUAUCUCCUUCUGGUGGAACCUGAGCCCUGACGCUGCUGGCUAUUGCCUCUCCACGACACUGGUUACGAAUUUUACGUAUGUGGUCUCGGCACUGAAUUCGUUCGCCGACUGGACCUUUGGCAUUCUACCCAUUUUCAUUGUCAAAGACCUGCAGAUGAAGAGACGUGUGAAGGUAGUCGUCGCCUCAGUUAUUGCGUUAGCAGCGAUUGGUUCAACAGCAACAUUGAUUCGCUUACCCUAUACGUCAAGCCUGACUGGAAUAAAGGGCGACUUCCUCUAUCGAACAACCGACUUCGCAAUCUGGACCACAGUGGAAGUAGGCGUAGGCAUAACGGCCGGCUGCAUCGCGACCCUUAGACCACUCUUCAAGGCCGCUCUAGGAUCAAGUAGUGGUGGUAACCAGUCCUCAGGAAUGCCGUGGAGUAAGGCAUCAAGAAGCAAACUACGAGACACCUUCGGACAGACACUCGACGAACUCAGGCCAGCGGCUGUGAAGUCGGUCACAACGACGACAGUGACCGGCGGGAGAGUGAGCAGUGACUCGGACGAGGAAAUCUUUUUGGGCACAGGCAUGGCGUCAGACAAAAAGUGGAAAUCCGGAAUAAACAAGAGUGUGACGACGACAGUUGUAGAGGAACACUCAGCGAGUCGAUUAGCUGGAGGAGGGCCCAGUCAGACGAAAAGCAGAGAACGGAGCUGCAGUUCGGGGCAAUUGAGUGAUUCUACUCUUGAUGACGGGGAAAGUGUGAAACCGACAGAGGUGCACGAACGCUUCUGAGCAGACCUUGUCUGAAUGUGUCCACGCCACCUAUCUGUAGACGAAUAUUCGGCAAGCUUGCCGGCAAAAAUGAAGACUUAAUAGCGGC